AUGGCGUUGGUAAAACCCAUUUCCAAAUUCAACACCUUUACCCCAAGAAUCGGAGGCUCAAGAAGCCCACCGUGCCGGAAAACCCAUUUCGCCGUGAAGUUGUCGUCCGCCGCGCAGUCGGCGGCCGCCGCGAAGAAAAAGAGCCAGAAACAAGAAAUCAAGGAGACCCUUCUGACGCCGAGGUUCUACACGACGGAUUUCGACGAGAUGGAGCAGCUCUUCAACACGGAGAUCAACGAGAACCUGAACAUGGCGGAGUUCGAGGCCUUGCUCCAGGAGUUCAAGACCGAUUUCAACCAGACCCAUUUCGUGAGGAGCAACGAGUUCAAGGAGGCCGCCGAGAAGCUUGAGGGCCCUUUGAGGGGAAUCUUCGUCGAGUUUUUGGAGAGGUCUUGUACGGCUGAGUUCUCGGGUUUUCUUCUCUACAAGGAGCUGGGCAGGAGGCUCAAGAAAACUAACCCUGUGGUUGCUGAGAUUUUCUCACUAAUGUCUAGAGACGAAGCCCGGCAUGCUGGGUUCCUGAACAAAGGUCUAUCGGACUUCAAUUUGGCUCUCGACUUGGGAUUUCUGACAAAGGCCCGAAAAUACACAUUUUUCAAGCCCAAAUUCAUUUUCUAUGCUACUUAUUUGUCCGAGAAGAUUGGGUACUGGAGAUACAUUACUAUUUACAGGCAUCUCAAGGAAAACCCCGAUUAUCAAUGUUAUCCUAUUUUUAAGUAUUUUGAAAACUGGUGUCAAGAUGAGAAUCGACAUGGCGAUUUUUUCUCGGCGCUUAUGAAGGCACAGCCACAGUUCCUCAACGACUGGAAGGCGAAGUUGUGGUCCCGUUUUUUCUGCCUCUCAGUUUAUGUGACAAUGUACCUUAAUGACUGCCAAAGAACUGCUUUUUAUGAGGGGAUUGGAUUGGAUACUAAGGAGUUUGACAUGCAUGUCAUCAUUGAGACAAAUCGCACGACUGCAAGAAUAUUCCCUGCCGUGCUGGACGUUGAGAAUCCGGAAUUUAAACGGAAGUUGGAUCGAAUGGUGGAGAUUAACGAACAAAUACUUGCAAUUGGGGAGAGUGAUGAUAUCCCGUUUGUCAAAAACUUGAAGAGGAUUCCCCAUAUUGCUGCUUUAGCUUCUGAGUUGCUUGCUGCAUAUCUCAUGAAACCUAUUGAAUCAGGUUCGGUUGACUUUGCGGAGUUUGAACCCGGGCUAGUCUACUAA